ACCACCAAUUAACAUUUCACUUCCGAUUUGCAGGAAUUGGGUAGCCUUGGUGCAUUAGGUACAACUUCUGCGCUAUGGGAAAAAGAAACAAGAGGACAGCAGAUAGUUCGUCCUCUGAAGAAGAGGAGGAAUAUGUUGUGGAGAAGGUUCUAGACAGGCGUGUUGUGAAGGGUCAAGUGGAGUAUCUUCUCAAGUGGAAAGGAUUCUCUGAAGCACCGAUAUUGCCAGGGGCUUUGAAAGAGGAUUGGAGCCAGAAAAAAUCAUCGGAGCCACAGACUCCUGCGGAGAUUUAAUGUUCCUAAUGAAAUGGAAAGACACAGAUGAGGCUGAUCUGGUUCUAGCAAAAGAAGCCAAUGUGAAGUGCCCUCAAAUUGUGAUAGCAUUUUAUGAAGAAAGACUGACCUGGCAUGCAUACCCAGAAGAUGCUGAAAACAAAGAACGGGAAGCAGUGAAAAGCUAAAGUGGCUGGGGUUCUCUGUCCAUCCAUAAUUGUACAUAUCCACCCCCCCCCUUUCCCUCUGCCCAAAUGCAUCCAUGGAAAUGUGCUUAUUACUGUGCUCGACAGGAGAAAUGUUGAUAUUGGUUGGUUUAGUCAUAACAUAAAUGGUGUGAGUCACGUUUGGUUUCCCUCCAGGAGAUUGACAUGCAGUGUGGAGUUCUAUCACCCCAUCAUUAAUAACAAUAAUGGUUCUUGUUUUUAAAGCGUCCUCAGAGCCUCUAGGCCUUUUCUUCCUGCCUGGCUGUUUAGUUCUGCCCAAUCAUGUUCUGUGUAGAGAAUUGUUAAGCAUCAUAGUUACUGAUUUAAAAAUGGCAGGAGCUCCCUGAAUUCAGGACAGACUCAACUGACCUAGCCCAGGCUUUGGAUUCUCAGAUCACCAAAAUAACAAGCAAGCUAGAUCUUGGGGAAGGGGGAAGGGCUUUUUCUAGUUUCUUUUAAAAUUGCUAACAUGUUGCUUGAAUUGCAUUCAAAAUGUUAGGUAGCCAUUUUCACCCAAAUUUUCUAACUUCAGGUCAGAAUAGGAACCUUUCGAACAAAUAAAAAUUAGUUGGCAAGGGUAACAUCCCUCUUUUGACCCUGUAUUUCUCAUCUUAUUCCUUUCAUUCCUGCGUAUCUCUUCCUUAUUACUGGUGCUAUUUGGAUGACAUGUUUAGUUAGAUUAUAAGGGUAUCUAAUUAAUCAUGUGUGUACUCCAAAAAUUGAGUUAAUCAACCCAUUGCCUAUCCUGGCAACAAGUCCUUCCUCCUCUUCCCCCCCUCCCCCGCCACGACUGUUACUUACUAGACAAUUAACUCCCUCUUUUAACAGCUGUGAUCAAAAUGUACUCCUAGAGAAGCCCUAUAAAAUGCUCCUUCUGUGGGCAUUCCAUUUCUAUAGUCCUUUUGAUUUUUCAUUCAUUGCACUCCAGGUGUGUAUGUUGGGAUGUUUAACUCUGUGAAUCUGCAGUGACACCAACCUUAAUUGCAUUGUGCCAACUCUCUUUUAAAUUUACUUUCCCAAGGGGUGGAGGGUACAGCAUGAAGUAAGAAAGUAAGUGAUGCCUCCUGUGAGGACUAAAUACAGUGUCACUGAAUGGCCAUCUCUGUCAUUUGGGAUCAUGUGCCCUGAGUGUGCCAAUGUGAAUUAAUUGGCUUAAAGAGAACUGGAACAUUCAUGUUGCACAAAUAGGGCCUUUGUGUUAUGUAGGUAAGUAGAUCAGCCAAACAUCGUGUCAUACUUGGAAUCUUUAAAUAAUUCCUUUUUCCUUUAAAAAAAUUGAUUUGUUUAUGGGCUCUCAGUUGUAUCUUUAGAGACUUUCCCACCAUAUUCUCUGUGCUCUUUCAUCCUAGUAUGUCAAUUCAUAACAUUCGUAUCUGUAAAAUAGAUUUUACAGAUAAAAUACUUUAGCAAUUUAGCCAAAAUACCAUGUUAUAGAAUAAGGAUAUAUUGGACUGCAAAUCCAAUUAUCCUUCACUGGCUAUGCUGGAUGGGAAUUGCAGUUCAUGAACAGCUGGAGGGUCAUACAUUGCCUGUCCCUGGUUUGGCAUGUUGACCAUUAAUAAAUGCUAUUUCAGCAGAGGCUUUCUAUCUUGUUCUUCAGCUCCAGGACAGGGUAACAGAAAGCAAAGGCCCUUGGCAGAGCCCUUUCACGUGACAAAGCCCAUGCGUAUUUUAUUUCAUGUGUAAUGCCUGCAUUGUGUAGCAUGGUUGGGAUUUCAUUUUCAUAUUCCACUCCUGCAGACUCACUUGGCUGCAUCAGCUUUGAAAAGUGCCAGUCUCCUACUACAGUAUCUGAAUUUCUGGAUACCUCACAAUGGACUGAUACUAGUAAGAUUUGAUAGGAGCUUGGCUCAUUACUAAAAUGGUACAGGCUAUUUUAAAAUGGACAGUAGUCAUUAACAUGAAUUCAGAAUCUGAAUUCAUGCGCUUUGGUCUCUGCUGCUUUAUCAGUACUUUUUUUUAUAUAUAGUGAGGAGAGAUGCUCUUACCCAUGCUUGAUCAGAAAAUCCCACCACAACUUACUUCAUUUCUGCAUUGUUGAAUUUCUUUCCUUUUGUUUAGCAAGCAGAUGAAGUAAAUUGCCCUCUUCCAUUUACAUCUUUUGUACCCUGAUAAUCCAUCAGGAAUUGCAACUGGGCAUGGUGUGAUGUAGCAUGACAUGAAUUACAUCUGUGACACAACUAAUGAUUCAUAUGAUUGAUUAAGCCCAUGGGGUUGUGGGUCAUACAUGACUUCACAAGUAACAAUAACAAUUUUGGUAAAUGCCCAGCAUCAGAAAAUUGGUGGCAUUUUUAUUUUGGUGGAUUUCCCUAGAUUCAGUUGAUAGUUGUACUUUUGUCAACCACAUCAAGAUAAAACAUUUAUGAAACAUGUAUUCUAAUUUGUUUGGAUUCCAUGUAUGUAGUUUAAGAAUCUAUUUUGCAACCAGUCCAUCUUUCAGUGGUUUUGAGGCAGGUUUGCCUUUAAAAUAUGCAGCCCCCAUGACUUUGCUCAGCAUAUUCUGUUGGAACUGAAUAGAUUUUUACUGUUUGCUUUCUGAGUGGGGAUGGGUGACACUUUUAAGAAUUUACUUUGAAAGAGAUUUUUUUGAAAGAAAUGCCCUGCUGCUAAAUUAAUAGAAAUACCUUUCUUUUCUAGAAUCCUUAUUUGGUGCAGUCUUUUUCAACAAUGUUAAACACGGUAUGUGUGAAAGUUCAGACUAGAUUGGACAUUAGCUUUGCAUUUUUUAUUCCACUUGAAAGCUGCCACAUAUAGACAGAAGCAUAGCUGCCUGCAUUUGGCUAAUGGCCAGCUAUUGCUCUUGAAUCCCACUGAACUUCUUAAUUUUUGACUAUUCGUUCUUCAGUGUUGGGGGUGUUUUCAUUCAUUCCUCAACCACAUGAGCUGGAAGAGGACAGCAGUUGCAAAACAGGAUUUGGGAAGCUAUAUGGAUUUAACUGUUUGCAUGUGAUUUGUACCACUUACAUACUGAAUAAAUGAUUACUUGAGGGUUUUUUUUUUUAGUCAAGAAGAGUCUCGGGUUCUGAUUUUUGCAUGUGACUCUCAAAUGAGAAGAAUAUCCCUUUCAUCCAUUAUGCUUCACAGAAUACUAGUUACCCUGCCCCACUCCCUUGGAAUUCUCUAAUUUCUGUUUGACAGCUGGAGAGGUCAAAUUAUUAUGUAUUGUACGGCUACUAUCAAGGAUAAAAGACAAUUUACUAAUAGCCAUCUGUCUGAAAUGAAGCAACACAUAAAGAUCCCUGGGUGUUCCACAUCUUCCUGAAAGGGAGACUAUUCUGAUUUCUAACUCCUUCAAGAACAGAACAGAGAAAAACAAAUAAAAAAUCCAAGUUUCCACAGCUUACUACCACCCUACCUAAAAAUUGCUAAUUCCAGCAGAAAGCAAUUCUGGAGGUUUUCCCUAUGUGCUUGUGUGACACAUUCAUUGAUUUGAACCCACCCCCUAACAAGGACAAGGCCAUGACAAAAAAAUAAAUUGAAUAAUUAAUGACCAAAAAUAAUUGCCUAUAAAACAAGGUACCCAUUUGUAAAAUUCAAUGUUUUCUGUGUAAUGCAAGUCCAUCAUUCUGCAAACAAAAGGAUACAUGCAUUUACAAGAGGCCAUUUUCUCCCAACAAACUGCAAGAACAAUGGCCAUGGGGUAAAGGGGAAUUAUACUGGAAAGAAGAACAAUGGUAAACCAAACUGGGUGGAGAUGGAAGAAUGAGGAAAUGACGAGUAUCUGGAAGGAGUCAGGAGGAGAGGGACAAAACACCACCUUUGUGUUAGAAUGAAGACUAAAAUGUGUUGGCAAUAAUUUCAGCUCCCUUCUACACGCCUCUUCUGUGAAAUAAAAAAAAACAACACAUGGUUACAUACAGUAUUUACCCUUGAUGGUUUCAUUUGUUAGGCCUAUUAGCUUUGGUGGGGAGUUGAGUCCCUUAGCUUAUGGGGGGGGGGGGGAUAGUGUCCAGCUAUUUGGUAGAAGGUGGCUUAGGAAAAAAAUGCACAACAUCUGAAGAGUCAAUUCUGAGAGCAAGAGUGGCAGGUAGUCCUUGACCUAUGACAUUACAAGACUGCCCCAUAGUACUUACAACCUGGUUUCAAAGUUACAAUAGCCAUCUUCCCCUUCCCACCAUGUGACCACAUUUCAGACACUUGGCAACUGACCUAUAUUUAUGCUUACAGUUCUAUGAUUGCAUUUACUUCAGAUUUUUGGCCCAUAGCAAUUGAUUGGUUCCUUAAAGACCAUUGCAUUUAAAAAAAUAUCUUAAAACUGGGUUAGUCAUGUGGGUGGCUUGCUUUACAGUCAUCAUGUAAUAUAGUCUUGAAGACUAUAUUUGCCUCAGAACCUUGCCUCCCCUUUAAAGGCUAUAUAUACCUUUAAUAAUGGUUUGUUUUCUUCCCCUCAAACACUGGGCCCUCAUGAUUUACAGCAUCAUGUAACAAAUUUCAGCCAUCACUGAGGUGCUAUAAUUUGUCCUCAUUAUUACAUUGCCAUGAUGCUCUAAAUCACUCCUGGAGAUUUCACCCAUGCCUCAGUAUUUAUCUCUGCAUUGUCUGUAUUUUGUGAAAGUGGGCAAAGUGGUGUCGGAGGAGUAUUGAACCUGGAGCAAGUGCUGUGGAUGAUUGAUAGUCUUCCAUUCCUUUCUGUGCUGCAAUCCUGUAGUCAAGUCUAAGAUGGAGAAAGUCUCUGCUGUUACUAACUAGGUUAUUGGCUUUCCAGCCCAUAUCUUUUUCAGGUAUUUUGGCUGGCAUUGCCUCUUACCAGCUAAGUUCAUUGGGUGAGCCAGAAUCAAGUUGAAUUGCAGGCUAAAUAAGAGACAUUUCAUAAAGUGUUGAGGAAUCAACUCUGAUAACAUUUAGGUAUUAAAGUCCUGCUACCUCACCGAUUUUGCCCUUAUUUUUAUUCUCAAAUGUAUUGGAGGGGAAGCUUAAGACAGCCUUGAGUACACCUUUCUUUCCUACCAGCCUAAAAGUUACCUUUUUCACCAGCAGCUGCUAAUAGAAAUUUUUACAGAGUUAAUAAGGAAGACUUAUGUGAUUACAAGCACUUGUGUGUCAGGCUAAAAAGAAAAAGGCAUUUUAGGAUGUUGGUAGCAAUGCCAUUAGUGAAAGAAAAAAAAAGACAUUUCUCUUUCCAAGUAUUUGCUGGGAUUUUGAGAUGGACUUUUGCAAGUAUGUUAUAAAUGCCAACUCUCGUACAGCCUGUUGCAUGCAGGCAUGUAACUGAUUUGUUGCCAUGAGGGGAGAAUUGAAUAAAGUAUACAUUCUUGGCCUUCCUCCACUUCCACAAACUACACAAUUUUAAAUUUUAUUUUGGAUGCACCAUUAAUUUAAAAUAGCACACACAGGACCCUUUCAUCAUUUGGCAAAUUUGAUGAAUAUCUGAAAGGUUCUUAGAGUUCUUUGUCAAACUUAAAUGAAGCAAAAAUAGGGCAACUUGACACUUGAAGUAUUGCUUUAGCUACUGCAGUUUGAAAUGCUAAAACAUUAGUUUUCUCUACUGGCAGAAAUGUACCCUAAGUACAGCAACAGCUUUAGUAAGUUCCACAAUGUGACCCUUGAUGGUGUAACCCUAUUCAACAGCUCUUUUUUAAAGGCAAGAGUUCCUUUUAAACCAUGAAGAAAGAAUGCCCAAAUUUUUUUAAAGGAAAAAAAAGUUUCAACUUUACCUGAAGAUCAUGUUAAGUUUGUCUUUCUUAGUGUAGUAGAACUAGCCAGCUAGUUCUGAAUUUCCAGGAUUUCUAAGUCAUUCAUGCUGCAUUUAGGUGGCUUCUAAACUGAUUCCACCUCCUCACUUUUUGGCUCCUGGUGUUAAUGUUUCAAUGGCACACACACAAAAAAUGCUUUUUGGUGUCAGCUUUUUUGUGUCUUCUUGUAUUUGGAAGUUGUGGGGAUGGGCCAUAUGUGUAUGAUACAUUGGGAGGUUUGAAUCUUAGUUUUCUGUGUAUCUGUUUAAAUUGCACAUUUUCAACUGAUGACCACUCUCUGAAUUUAUCAGAAUUUAAAUUUAUGGUAAGACUUCAAUUAUGUAGGUGCAGUUUUCUGAUGCAACACUUUCUUAAGAGGCUAUCAAACAUGAAUUGUUAUCCUCGGUCACCUAAGCGUGGAUUAAAAUACAAAGACAAUUAAUUUUGUGUUAAUUAAACUCAUUAAUUUUUGAUUAACUAUUUAAUUUUUACCCAGGUGGCAUUUAAAUCUUCUCGGCUGUAUGGGCUCUAAUGAUUUUUGUCUCCUCCCAUCAGCAGGAAGAGGAAGAGGGGAGAAAUCACCCCGCCAGCACAAUUUGAAUUAUCUCAAAAUCUCUAUACCACUGCUGCCUUUUCUUUGUUUCACAUGACCUACUACCUAUCAUUUUUGCCAGAACUAUAGUUUUAUGCAAUUUGGCAUUUAGCCCUAUGACAAAAUUGGUUCACUUUUGGCUCAUAGACCUUUUCCUUUGGUUUUCUGUCUCUUUCGCUUUCUUUUCUUUUCUCUGCAAGUUUUCUAGUGGACAAAGGACAUCUGAGAUAAUACCUCACUCCACUGCUUCAAAA